CCGGCCGUCCGGGCCAGUCGGGCGGCUCUGGCUCUGGUCACUCCGGCCGUCCGGGCCAGUCGGGCGGCUCCGGCUCUGGCCACUCCGGUCGUCCGGGCUUCGGUUUGCUCGGGGCUUCCUCCGGAAGCGGCCCGGUGCUUCUGGGUGGCAACACGCCCUGCUGGAACGAGCGCACGCGCCUGAUGCAGCACAUGGACACGGGCGGCGCCCAGCUGUCUGGUUUAAGCCUGCCCGACUGCGACCGUUCCGGCAGAUACCGGCCCAAACAGUGCAAGGGGUCGAAGUGCAACUGCGUGGAUCCGGAGGGCAACACCGUCGAGGGAUACGAGAGGAAUCUGUGGGACGCCCAGGACAUGCACUGUGGUUGUGUCCGCCUGAAGUACGAGGUGAACCUCAGCGGCCAGGCUGGCACCCGAGUCACCUGCAACGAGCUGGGAAACUUCCACAGUCACCAGUGCACCGGCUCCGUCUGCUACUGCGUGGACCACCUGACCGGCGAGAGGAAGCCAGGCGCCGAGGACGUACACGUGUCGGAGUCGGAGCGGCUGGAGCAGCUGUGCGCCCCGCUCGGCGCUAACCACAGGUGCUGGGACGAGGCCCAGCGGCGCGAAGCCAGCGGACUGGUCGGAGCCGCCGCCCCCGCCUGUGACAUCUAUGGGCAGUACUCCCCUAAACAGUGUCAGGGCAGCCAGUGUCUCUGCGUGGAUCCGAACAACAAACCGUUGGAGGGGUACACGGCGCACGUGACCAGCGCGACGCAGAUGCACUGCAACUGCGCUCGCCGCGAGUGGGAGCUGCGCCGCCAGCGUCUGCUGGGACGGUCGGUGCGCUGCGACAGACUUGGAAACUACCAGCCGCAGCAGUGCACCGGAUCAGACUGCUACGAGGUGGACACGGUGACGGGGUCGCGGCUAGCGGCCGGCCGCUCCGAGCCCCUGCUGGGCGCCGACCGGCCCUGCGACGACGCCUUCCGCCGGCUGGCCGGCACCGGCCGCCAGCCCAAGUGUGACCGGAACGGCCGGUACGCGGCACGCCAGUGCCACGGCGGGGCCUGCUUCUGCGCCGCUCCCGAUGGCAGCCAGCUGGAGCAGUACCAGUCGCGCGCCGAGGACGGCGCCACCUGCCACUGCGCGCGGCGCGAGUUCGAGGUGCAGCGAAGCCACACGCGCGGCCUGACGGUCCGCUGCGACGCCCGCGGCGACUACGAGCUGCGCCAGUGCCUCGGCAGCCAGUGUCACUGCGUGGAGGCGGCCACCGGCCAGCGGCGGCACGACGUCGCCCCGCGCCACGUGGCGGAGCUGGCGCAGCUCGACUGCCGCGCCCCUGGCGGCGCCGGCGGCGCCGGCGGCUACUAGCGACCCGGCCGAGGCGGGCGGACGGUCGGGCGGCUGCACGAGAACCUUCAGAGACGGAGUCGGGGAGGACUCGGGAGAGGCUUCGGGAGUAGAUCCAGGACGCUCUUCAGAAGCGGCUUCAGGACCCUGCAGGGAAGGCUUCGCGUGAUCAGCUUCAGGGACGGCUUCAGGAGACGCGUCAGCAGCAACUUUCACGGUGGCUUCCCAUGACUUGAAGAAAGGCUUCCAGAGGCUUCUGCAACGCUAGAGAAGCCUUCAGAAGCGUCAGCAGCGGCUUCUGAACAGGCUUCGGAGGCCGCUUCAGGCCACACCCCGGUAUUGUAGCGCCGUGGACCAUGCAGGACUUAAAAGCCGGGGUCUGAUAUCGUCAGUGGCUGCCACGAUUCCCGCCGUAGUGUCGACAGCCUAUUAACAGAGUAGUUCCCGUGACCUGCUGUGUAUUGCUGAGGUUCAGGCCCAGCCCAGUGUCAUGCGAAAUACAAAGAGAUCACAAGCCCGA